CGGAAGUGUUAGUUUUUUUGUUCCUGCUAGCGACAGCUAACGCUACGUCGGUGUCAUCGUCUCAUUGCUUUUAGGAUUGACAACAGAAACAGUAGUCUUAUAUCGGGUGUAGCCACGAAUAAAUAAUUUCAUCUGGGUCUCUAGAGAGAUGAACAACAACGGGAAUAAGAGAGCGCCGACCACAGCCACGCAGCGACUGAAGCAGGAUUACCUCAGGAUAAAGAAAGACCCUGUGCCUUACAUCUGUGCAGAGCCUCUUCCCUCCAACAUCCUAGAAUGGCACUAUGUUGUUAGAGGUCCUGAGAAAACUCCAUAUGAAGGAGGAUACUACCAUGGAAAACUCAUAUUCCCUCGCGAAUUUCCUUUUAAACCACCCAGUAUCUACAUGAUAACACCAAAUGGGAGAUUCAAGUGCAAUACUCGGUUAUGUCUGUCAAUUACAGACUUCCAUCCAGACACGUGGAACCCUGCAUGGUCUGUAUCCACGAUCCUCACAGGCCUGCUCAGCUUCAUGGUGGAGAAAGGUCCCACCUUGGGCAGCAUCGAGACCUCUGACUACACAAAAAGACAACUGUCAGCCCAAAGCUUGGCCUUCAACCUCAAGGACAAAGUGUUCUGUGAGCUGUUUCCUGAUGUAGUCGAUGAGAUGAAGCAAAAACAGAAGACCCAAGAGGAGUUGAGUGUCCGCACUCAGCCCCUCCCGCUCCCCGAUGUGGUACCUGAUGGUGACCCUCAACACGCCCACUACGGCCUUCCUGCCCUAAAUGGGGGGCCUGUCCCCCUGGGGGGCGCCAAUCCUGCCCCUGGCCUGCAGCAGGCCAAUCGCAACCAUGGACUGCUAGGUGGGGCUCUAGCCAACCUGUUUGUGAUUGUAGGCUUUGCAGCAUUCGCCUACACAGUCAAGUAUGUGCUGAGGAGCAUAGCCCAGGAGUGAGAGAAGCUGGUGUUUUAGGCAGGCGCUCCCUAGCAGGUGAGCCAACUAGUGGACUACACAUUCUAGAAACACACUACGUGGCAAGGGAGGUUCAGUCCCUGUUAAACCCCUCCACCACCACCACCACCACAACCACCAUGGACUUUGGAAGCCAGCCCACCCAGGAAGGAUCGAGGGGAGGAGGUGGGGGAGUGGAUGGGAGUGGCAGUAGGGCCGAGGGAUUGGAGGGGCUUAUUAAAAUGGUUGUGAUCCACUCUGUGCUUCAGUGGUUUAUGUCAGUAGUAGGACACGCUUGGCUCAUGGGUUGUAGAAGAGCAUUGAAUUGGGAGUGAAAAUGAUUGCUCACUGGUACAGCCAUGUGAGAGGCUUGUCAAAAAUUAGAAAAUUCCUGAGUUGUUACAACAGAAAUAUGAGAUGCUGUGGUGUGAUAUUCCAUAUGCACCAUUCUAUUCUGUGACACCAUAUUGAAUGUUAGUGAUAAAACCUUGUUCGACAUUUAUGUAUUCAGAACUUAAACGACUUGAAUAAAGUAGAUGACAUUUUCCUCAGCAAAUUAGGAGGUAAAGGGCAUACUUUAGAGCAGCCACAAUAUAACAAGGUGGUAAAAAGCAGUAAUUGGCAAAGGAAGUGGCUGUGAAUUGCACAGCUGAGCACAGAAUCUGUAAAAGAUUCCUUUGUACCAGAUCCGUUCGUACCUUGUGGGCAUCUGACAGAUGUUUGGCAAAGAUCCUGGUCAUCACCUACACAGGGAGGCAUUGGUAAGGUUUUCAAAUAACAUAGCAUGAAGUUUCCAGUGUCAAACACGUGUCACACUUAUAGCAGCACAAUGUCAGCAGCCCCUCAAGAUUCUUGGCUAUAAAGUAUUCAAAUCACAGCAAAAGAGAGAGCAGGACAGAUCAGUUGUGCAUUUGACCUUUUAAUGGUAUCUACCUGGGAUCAGUUCUAGUCUAGUUUGCCAGCUGGCACCAACAUUCAUCUCAUCACUCAUGCAUUUUCAUGGAAUGGAAAUAGUAGUCUAACAGGUCCAUUCCUGUUGGCGUGUGAUACAGCCAAGUUUUGCACAAUGGGCUUAAGCUUAAUUUAGGAAAUGUCAGGAAUUCACUCAUCACAUGCGAUUGCUGACGUAUUCAAGAUAUCAUGUUUCAAAUAUACAUGGUAAAGGCUGUUUGUGCAAGAUUUAGUCGGUGGUCUGAGACCGUACAAUAAGGAUAAGGAACUUAAGCUUUUGGUUUCGCUUCAUUCAGUAAUCCCAAAUAGGUCACAUACCUAGAAAUGAUUAUAUUAUGAUAGAAAUGUAUUGCACAUUUGACAAGCUGCAGCACUGGAGUUGAAUAUGUGCAUUAUAAAAGCACCUUGAAAACCACAUGGUGUGUGUAAACAUUUCAUGUCACCAACAAGUCCAUUUAAUACGGAGAGAUAUGCAAUGUGUUGUGACUGCCGCUGCACAGUGAAUUGUGGUCACACACUCUGCACCACAUCCUUACUCCGCUCCUUGUACCUGAUUACAGACUGGUGUGUGUUACCUCUCACAGGUGGCCUCUCUUGUCAACCCAUGAGCCAAGCAGUGAACCCACAUUCUGCACAGAAAUAAUUAUAGACCAAUACCUUUUUUAAAUUGGCUUAGCUGACCAGUAUAGCAGCACUCUAUAUAGGUCCAAAUAAGGAGACACAUGAAGAGAACCAACAUUAUGUUCUGUAUGUUUUUUUUUUUUUUUCUUAUUGAUUUUUCUUUGUUUUGUUCUAUUUAUAAUUGUAGCCUUGGCUAGUCUGUCAUUGUCCAAGGAAAUGUCUAGUGUUUACUAAACAGGGCAAUGGCAGAAAUGCAGGCAAAACAGACAGGCUAGUGCCCAGGCUCACCUAAUUGCUCAUAAUUUACUGUUGUGCAUUGCAUUUAGUAAAGAUGGUUCUACUGUGUAUCUAUUGUUUCAACAGAAAAACAGUCAAGCAGAAGACUUGCCUUUCUAUUGCUCUUCUUUUCUGGGCACCAUCACAUAAAGAAAAACUGUAAAUGAUGAGAGUGCGUUUGUGUGAUUAUACAGCAAAUGCCCAAAUUUCCAUGCUUCAAUUACCUUGUGUGAUAUUGUAUGUUUUCAUAGUAAAUGCAAAUAAAUUACCCUGCCUGGCAGGGCAUUUUAGAAAACA